AUGAGUGUUAUGGAGAUGAGUCACAGAGAGAAGGAAUUCCUCUCCAUCAUCCAAAAAGCAGAGUCAGAUCUGAGACAGUUACUCGAUAUCUCCGAAGAUUACGCCGUUCUCCUCCUCCAAGGCGACGCCACCACCCAAUCCGCCGACAUCCCUCUCAACAUCUGUACACCCGAAGAUCCCGUUGAUUACAUUGUGACCGGGUCGUGGGGCGACAAGCCAUUCAAGGAAGCAACAAAAUACUGCAAGCCUAAGGUGAUCUGGUCCGGUAAAUCGGAGAAAUACACCGCGAUUCCGUCGUUCGAUGAGUUGGAUCAGAACCAGAACGCCAGGUAUUUGCAUAUAUGCGCGAAUGAAACUAUUCAUAUGGUCUUUCAGAAGAUCCAGCACCCAACCAUACACAACCUAAUCAAGUGGAUAGCUGAUGGUUUCCGGAUUCCUUUCUGUCAUUUAAUCAACGAUAUUGGAGGAUCUAUCAUCAGGUUGCUUAAUUUUUCAAGACACGGCGUGUUGAAAAACAUUUCAUCAGCUCUCAAACCCUUAAGCGAGAAAUACACAGAGACAAAGGAAUCAAAUCUUUUUCUUCUAAAGUCACUCAAAACGAAGCCAAUGGUGGAAAGGGAAGGUCUUGGGAAGGAUAAACAAGGAAUCUUGAGAAGAGAAAUAUGCAUGGGAAAAAAGUCAGAUCAUUGA